GCACGAAUCGUUCAAUAUGGUCGUGUAUGUUAACGAUUUUUGUUGUGGCUUCAGCCUCCGCACGGGCUCCAUAGUCGCUGGAAUAUUUCAUACGAUUGUUGGGCUUUUAAGUUCAAUUUUAUCCUUCAUAAUGGCGUUCACAGACCCACCCAACGUUUCAGAUUUGACGACUCUGCACAUAAUCUUUACCAUAGCAGCCGUGAUCUGUAUGGUGGAAUUUUUCGGGAGCCUUUUUCUCAUACACGCAGUAGUAAAGAACAAGAGAAGUAUCAUCAACUUGUGGCUUCUGGUAAAUACAGUAAUCGUUAUUGUAUACUCUGGGUCGCUGGUCGUUAUCCUAAUGGUUUCAGCCUCCAUGAUUCGAGAUACCUCUCUCGUGAUCUUCGCAGUUACUGGAUGUCUGAUUCUUGUGCUGGCGCUGUACCUGCUGGUGGUGGUGCUCAGCUACAGCAAGUCCGUGGGGAUCGGCGGCCGCGUGCUCUCGUACGAGGGCCAGCAGCCGCGGGCAGCGCUACCGGCGGCCGCGGGGCCGUACUACGUGGGCGCGUCCGCUCCGCCGCCCUACCAGCCGAGGUCGUGAGCGAGCGAGGUCCCAGCGGUGGCCCUACAGUCUUCGGAUCCCGCCCAACCAUUUGCUUCUGCAAGGCUCUGGUGUUUCGGAAAAGGCGGACUUUACCACACCACCCCAGAGAAAAAAGAAGAAGUAAAAAAUUGAGGAAAAAAAAAAACUAUUUUUAAAAACCAGGACCUCAAAUUUCAACGGUAGAUUUGCUAAAUUACAUGUAAGUCUAAACAUUAAUAUAAAUAAUAACAAUGACGAUCAGUUCAGCAUUACUGAAUUUCAAUAGAUUACGUUCACGUGGUAUAACUAAUAGCGUUCUACACUUGAAUCACAAAUUGUAAACCACAAAAGAAUUUGUAACAUCUGCAUGUCCACAGCGCAAAACCCAGCCCAGUGUCCCAAUUGCGUGGUCAAAUCCACCUGCGCCGGGCGUGAACAGAAGGAGCUAGCCCAGAGUCCCGUCAGUAAAGUCCCCAAAUUUGACUUCAAAAACCCUGAGAAAAUUCUGUCACGCGACGAUAUAACAGCCGGUAAAAUUGACUUUAAAAUUUAAAACUUCCAGUUUAUAUUCCAUUUCAUUCUCCUUAUCCAUACUGCACAAUAAACGUUGGAAAUGCAACUUCGCCAGCUAAUUAUGCAAAUAGUAUGCGAUGUUAUAUAUAUAUAUUCGUUUUGUGAAAGUUCAGCCACCUAAAAGGUCAGCAAGUUAAACCGUGUGUAAAGUAAAUAUGAAAAUAUGGAAUAAUUAUCAAGAACGGGAGAGACACCCUUGAAAAAACCAGGUAUGAUCGAGCGCCAUGUUUGUUCUCGCGCGAGAAGGGAAGCCUGCUCCCGGCCAGCGCAGCAGCAAGCCGCGCUAAACCGUCAAAUAACCAACAAAACCAAACACCGCAUAGUUUUUAAGUUCUGCGCAUGCGCGAGAGCGCGCCGGACCCGAGCACAUACCAGACGAUUGUGAGUAAACAGCAUUAUCUACUAUAGUUUAAUAAACGUGCAUAGAUUUGAUGCACGUUACAUGCGCUUACAUAAUCCACCUGCAGUAGUGAGGAAAAAAUUUAUCAUUCGAUAACAAAAACAACCGAGCGAAAUCAUCUGGCAAACCUAAAAAAAACACCGCGUGUUUUUUUUUUUUUUUCUGAGAAGUGGUCGGUGCGCUGUGUUUGAACUUCGCGCCGCGCGGCGGGCUUUGGCGCUCCUUCCCUUCCUCGUUUCCCCCCUCCCUGCGUCUAGUGCUGUGCUUGACUUCCCCUCUUGAGGUGUCCGCACAUGCGCGUGGCGCCUUCGGUUUUACUUAAAACUGUGUGUAUUGCCUUGAAUGCUCUUCUUGUUGGUUAGCAUAUCAAGUAGAUAGGUUGUUAUAGACAGUCGGUGCUGGUACGUAAUGAAUUCAGUAUGUAGGUCAGAUAGUUAAAUGUAGUAUGCCGUAUUAUAGCGACUGAAGUGUUAAAAACUGAACCAAAUGCGGCUAUGAACCUUAAGAAACAGAACCUAAAAUGUUCGUGGAGUUUGGUUUUGUUGGUUCCUCGACAGUGACGAGUUUACAUUACCGGGGCGUAUGCACUGCUGCCGGCGUCCCCUUCUCGCGCGAGACCAAACAUGGCGCUCGAUCACACCCAGUGUGCAGAGGAUACCGUGCUGGUUGCUAGUGCGCGCGUCAGCGUCCGUGCUAGUUGCCCUGCUUCCCGCAGAGCACUUGUUCGCCACGGCGCUGCGAUCGCACGUCCUCCCAACCAGCGGUGUGGCGCCUGAUGCGCGCGAAACUCCAGCUUGCGCGCUGCCGUACUUUGCAGGGUAAGGUUUCCGAACAUCUGUUUCGGGACAAAAAUUAUUUUCCUGGAAUUCCCUGCCACCCACUAAACUUAUGCCCAGCAAUACUCGAUCACUGUACACAUAAAGAAGAUUGUCGUCUGUGGGUUUUAUUUAGAUACAAAUCUUCAGCUUCAUGAAAAUAUGUACACCUGACCUCCAAAACAAAAAGAUCACUGUCUACAUCUCCGGCCGCUCAGGACCGACGAGCGAAAAAUAUUUUGUACGCUCAAUUUUGCAAUAAAAUGU